AUGGCGACAGGAGUGGACCAGGCCGCUGGCAUGAGCCUUGUCGUCUUCAGCCUUGUCCUGUUCACAUACUACUCUGUGUGGGUCAUUAUUCUGCCCUUUGUGGCUCGUGAUCAUUUUCUGCACAAGUAUUUCCUGCCUCGGGAGUAUUCAGUCAUCCUACCUGGUGUCGCAGCCAUAAUACUGUUGAUUUGUGUAGGAGCAUUCGCAGCGGUCGUCCUGUGGAAAAAUCGCAAGCCAAAGAAAAGUGACUGA